UAUCUAAAUCAACUUUUUCAACUUCGCGUUCCGUUAUCUCUUCUGUCAGAACGGUAGGUUGUUCUGCAACAAUUGUGGGUUCUUGUAUCAAUUCUCUUUCUUCAAUCAAAUCAACUUCUUUAACGUCAUGGUCUAUUGUUAUCUCUUUUAUCGGUUCCUCGAUAAUUGUGGGUUCUUCCUUCUUGAUCAAAUCAAUUUUCUCAAAAUCGCGAUCCGUUAUCUCUUCUGUCGGGACGACAGGUUGUUCCUCGAUGAUCGCGAGUUCCUCCACAAUUCUUUUUUCUUGAAUGGGUUUCGCUUCGACGACAUCUUCCACUUCUCUGAAUGAUACGUCCGUCUCGAUUUUUUCAUCAUGAUCGACCCGUACAUCUGUUGUCUCAAUCACCGGUUCCGGUUCGUCUCGCACAUCUCUUGGAACAUCCGGCGGUAGUCGGACAUCCACAUCUUUUUUCUUUCGCGGAAAAAUCCCGUCCGCCAACCAAGGUGCCUCCGCGACUGUUUCGUAAGAACGAGGAAGUACUUACACAAAUGAAACCUACUGAUAACAUUUUGGGUCCAAGCUAGAGUACGGACUAACAUACGUGCAGCACGGAGCUGUUCUCUCACUUUAGGACAAGUUGGAGGACAACGAUUUUUUACAGGCUCACUGGACAUUUAGAAGUUACAUAUGACGCUCUUUGCUUUGGAGUAAUAUCUCUAUAGAUUACAUAUUUGUACGUGAACGUGCAUCCUCACAAUCUCAUAAAGUUAAGCAAACGUGACAUACGUUUUAAUAUUAUUGCCUCUAUUUUCUAUUUUUGUUGCAUGUUAAGGCUAAAUUUUGGCAUUACAAGUGCGAUAGUUUGUAUAUUGAACUGCGUCUAUAUUCGCUCUAUAGAUUCGUCAAAGCCUUCGCACGCCGACAAAACGAUGAAUUUAACGCGCGAAAAUGUCCUAGAUUACUUGAAUAACAGCUUAUUCCCGACUUUAUUAAGCGCAAUGGAAGAAAUGUUGCUCGAAGCCGAUCAUCGAAAUGUCACGAAGGAAACGCACAAGUGCUCCUUCAAUGGUUUGGAUUACCUCGCGGAGAUCCUCUGGAACCGAAAUCCACGUUACCCGAACAGAUCGUGUGUCUGGCUGAACGUGUUUAACAUACCGCAGUUUAAACUAUGGUUAAAAUCGCAUCCUAGACCAAUUUAUCCGAAAUCGUGGCUGUGGACCAGAGAGGAGGCCACGUUACGCAUACAGAGAUACGUUCGAGGUUGGCUCGUCAGAAAAAGAGCGGAUGUUCAGGAAAUGCGCCAGUUUUGGAAGGUAUCAAUGUGAUUACACGAGAAAUUAAAGCGCUAUGGCCACGUGUUACAUUUAUCGUAGGUCAUGCGUGCAGAGAAAGUGAACAUUUCUACUUCCGAAGUCGAUCAAUACGUCCAAUAAAA